AUACAUUUCAGUGACCCGGACUUUAAAAACCCAGAAAACUUACACGGUGCUCCAUCCCCAACUCCUGGGAAGCUGUUACCAUGGCAAAGAAUACCUCAUCCAAAAAUGACAACAUCACCUGCAAAGUUCUGAUCCAUUCAGGAUCUCCCACUCUCUACCAGCUGGAACCAAAGGAAGAGAACAUUGGAACUCUGAAACGAAUGACUCUUGGUGAAAAAAAUCUCUACAAGAUAAACAAAACCAUCUUACUUGUUGGUGAAACAGGAGCAGGAAAAUCUACUCUGAUCAACGCUCUGGUCAACUACGCCCUGGGAGUGGAGUGGGAGGAUGAUGUCUGGUUUCAGAUCGUAAAGGAGAAGAAAACAAGCCAAUCAGAAAGUCAGACAUCAGAUGUGAUCAUGUACCAGAUCUUUGGUUUUGAAGAUAAACCUCUGCCCUACUCUCUGACCAUCAUCGAUACUCCUGGAUACGGAGACACCAGAGGGAUCGAACAAGAUGCCAAAAUCAGUCAAAGAUUAUUAGACCUGUUCCGCUCUGAGGAAGGAGUUCAGGAGAUUAAUGCAGUGGGUCUGGUGAUGAAAGCGAGUGUGAAUCGACUGACUGAUCAUCAGAAGUACAUCUUUGAUUCAGUGGUGUCUCUGUUUGGAAAAGACAUAGAGAAGAAUAUUGUCGCUCUCAUCACACACUCAGAUGGAAUAACACCUAAAAAUGCUCUGGAAGCUCUCGAGGCUGCAAAGAUUAAAUGUGCCAGAAAUGAGAAAAAUCAGCUUGUUCACUUCCUGUUUAAUAACCGCCAACAUGAAGACAGGACAGAGAACAGAAGAGCCCUUAAAUAUGCAGAUGAAACAACAGCAGAAGCACUGAUUCAGUUCACAAACUUCCUUGGAAAAACUGCACCUCAAAAGAUGCAGAAAACCAUAAAUGUCCUGAACGAGCGAAUCAGACUGACAGCCUGCAUCCAAAACCUGGAAGACAGAAUUGAGUCAAUUGAUCUAAAGAAAACAGAGAUCCAACAGACUCAGGAUGGUCUGAAGAUGUAUGAACGAGAGAUGAAGAACAAUGAGAAGUUCACUAUAGAAGUUGAUGAGGUCUACAAAGAUAAAGAACCUAUUGAUGGUGGGAGGUGGUUGUUGGUGUUCUAUGAAGGAGCUGUCUGCUGUACUGUCUGUGAGGAGAACUGUCACUAUCCUGGAUGCACAAUGGCCCGGAAACCAGGACACUGCAAAGUCAUGAAAGAUGGCCGCUGCACUUCAUGUACCGGGAAGUGUCCUGUAUCAGAUCAUGUGAAAGAUAACUAUAAGUAUGUGAAGAAGACAAGAAAAUCUAAAAAAACUCUAGAAGAUGUGAAACAGAAGUAUGACACGAGUAAGGCAGAGGGUGAGAAGCAAGAGAGCCACUUGGAACGUCUUCAGAAAGAGAUGGAAACCCUUGACGCAAAGAAAACAGCUUUGCUGGAUGAAGCCUACCAGCAUGUUGUCAAACUGGAGGAGAUCGCCCUGAAUGUUGUUUCACUGUCUACUUAUGUCCACCUGGACUUCCUGAUUGAGGAGAUGGAGAAGAGAAAUGACACUGAGAAGAUCAACCAUCUGAAACAAAUGAAAAGUCAAAAAUCGAAAGUGGAAACAAUGAAGGAUUUCUGGGAGGGAUGCAGUAAACUUCCUCAAAUGUUCAAAAAGAAAUAAAGAUUCCUAGAGGGUAACCAAGGUCCAGACUGAUGAAGACAUGUCCCAUUGUCCUGGAGGUCCAUCUGCUCAUCACUGGAGCAAGGUGAACAUUUAAACCACAGGAGAAAGAUCUGAAGUCCAUCUGUGUCUUUGGUUAGUUACUAAAACUCAACC